AGUGUUGGAACACCUGGUACCCAGAUGGAGUUGUCCUUAGAAAGGUUCAAAAACCUUUAAGAGAUGUUGUUUUGCUGAAGGAAGUGAAUCACUGGGGUGGGCCUUGAUGUUUUAUAGCCUAGCCCUACUACUUCCGGCUUGACCUGGGGGUGGGGUGGGUUCCUGUCAGCUGAUGUGAUAAUGGCCAAUGGCCUCCUUGCUGCUGAGCCUUUCUUACCACAGUCGUCUGUAUCCCUUAAAUUGUGAGCAAAACUAAACCUUCCUAAGUUGCUUUUUUAUCAGGUAUUUGGUUAUAGCAAUGAGAAAGUUAACUAUCGUGGGGAAACUCUGGAAGCUUUAGAAAUUUGGGUCUGGCUGGAGGAAGAAGAGUCCUGAGGCAUGCUUUCCCUUAAAGGAUGUACAUCUGGUCCCGGUUCUCCCUCUUUUUUUUUGACUUCCUGUCCACUGUGAUAUAAACAGCCUCAUUCCCAUUCCCGGGAUGGUCCUGCCACCAUGGUAUUCUUCCUCACCUAGCUCCAGAAUCAACAGGACUAUGGCCUGAAAUCAUGAGUCUCCUUCCUUUACAUUGUCUAAGGUUUGGUUCCCCUCAAAACCACGAAAAUGCCCAGUCCAUUUAUAUUUGACAACUCAAGUAAAGUAUUCUAUCAUUUAUCCUAUCUUGGUCUUUCUGCCACUCCCCCAGGACUUCCACAGUGAGGAAAGGAGCUGCAAGACCAACAUCCUCUAAGAUGUUUAUAUGGACCAGUGGCCGGACCUCUUCAUCUUACAGACAUGACGAAAAAAGAAAUAUCUACCAGAAAAUCAGGGACCAUGACCUCCUAGACAAAAGGAAAACUGUGACAGCUCUGAAGGCUGGAGAGGACCGGGCCAUCCUACUCGGCCUGGCCAUGAUGGUGUGCUCCAUCAUGAUGUACUUCUUACUGGGAAUCACACUGCUGCGUUCAUACAUGCAGAGCACGUGGACAGAAGAAGCCCAGUGCGCCCUGCUGAAUGUGUCAAUCACAGAGACGUUUAACUGUUCCUUCAGCUGUGGGCCAGACUGCUGGAAGAUCUCUCAGUACCCUUGCCUGCAGGUGUACGUGAACCUGACGUCUUCCGGGGAGAAGCUCCUCCUCUACCACACGGAAGAGACCAUGAAGAUCAAUCAAAAGUGCUCCUAUAUUCCUAAGUGUGGAAACAACUUUGAGGAGUCCAUGUCCCUUGUGAGUGUCGUCAUGGAGAACUUCAGGAGGCACCAGCACUUCCCCUGCUACUCUGACCCGGAAGGAAACCAGAAGAGUGUCAUCCUGACCAAACUCUACAGCUCCAAUGUGCUGUUCCACUCUCUCUUCUGGCCAACUUGUAUGAUGGCUGGGGGUGUGGCAAUCGUUGCUAUGGUGAAACUAACUCAGUACCUCUCCCUGCUUUGUGAGAGGAUUCAACGGAUCAACAGAUAAAAGGAAAAAAAUCAUGGAUAAGAUAUUUUUCUUUAAAGCUCAAAUACUGUUUUCUUUCGUUCUUCACCAAAGAACCUUAAGUUUGUAAUGUGCAGUCUGUUAUGGGUUCCUUAAUAUAUUAUUCUAUGUAGAGCAAUAAUGCAAAUGUUGUCCUAUAUGCAAACAUGAUGUCCUUAUUAUUCAGGAGAAUUAACUGUUCCUCAUUGGUUGGUUGUUUCAUUAUAUGGUUUUGAUGCUGGAACUAGUAUGUCCUCUUUCCACCAGAAUAGGGCUCACUACUCAUUGCUAAGUUUUGUGGGAGCAUGGGGGAUAGAGGCACUGUCCUCAAGACCAGGUCUGUGCUCUGAGUUUCCAGACUUCAUGAAGACAAGAUUUUUCUUCAUUUGUUGUUUACUGAAGCUACAGCCAAAAAACACAUUUUUUUCCCUUAUUCUAUAUUGAGUCCUGUAGCAAGUGAAUGGGCUGUUUCCUGAUUAAAGGGUGUUAAACUUUUUUUAGUAUUAUUAUUAUUUUUUUACCACAGCACUGUAAGGAAGAGAGGAAGCCUAGCCAGCAACUCUUCAUUUCAUCACUUUUCAUUCACAACUUCAGAUUUUUUAAAAUAAUUAUCAACUCUAUAAUGUCUUCCAAACAGAGUCCUUUUUUUCCAUCUAUGACCCUGCUACUGUGCAGGAUACAAAGCUGAUGAGAUCACUCCCAGUGAACUGACUGGGUAUUGGUAGGUUUGCCACUGCAAUUUUGGAAAGUCUAUGUUACAAAGAUAUUUAUGUGCAAUCUUAAUUCCAUUUCCACUGGACUGUUAGAAUCAAAUAUUAAUAUACUAAAGACUGGUGAAUUGGUUGCAAUGGGUGAGUCUGUCAGGGCCAGUAUCAUGUUAGAAUAUUACUCUUUGGGAAUGUAUGUUUCAGUAAACGAAUGUACAGUCUCUCCUUCUGAAAAAAAAAAUGUUGCCUGUUGGGGCUUUAAAUCUAUGUGUUCAGAAUCUUUGUCUCCUCUACAUAUUUUAUUUUUCUACUCACUGUUCCCUUUUGGUUGUUAUAUUUUAUAUGCAGAAUAGACCUUUUUCCUAACACAUGUUUGAAAUGAAUAAUAGGUUUGAGGGAAGCCUUUCUUCACAUUGAUGUUUACUCAUUCUAUUUGGUGGGGGGAUAAGGGGGUUGGUUUUAAAUAAAGACAUUCUGUCCUUUAUUUAAUAUCGAUAUCUAAGGAAGAAGACAAACAUCUAUCUUUCUCAUCUAUAUUUAAGUACCCUUUUGUAACAUAGUAUUGAUGUUUUUUAGGUAAUUGCAAAAUUUUACAAAUCAUUUGUGGAAUGAACAGUGAAACUUAUCUGAGGAAGCAGAAUAUUGUAAUUCAUAGUCUGACUUUUCAUAAGCAAAUAAAUCCCUAGGGUGUAAUCAAGACUUCAAAUGUGUAAUUAAAUUUUUUAAACCCA